UGGUGUCCAGCAAGUUUCCGUGUUGACAGAGAUGUGAGCAGAGUGAAGCUGGUCGGGUUCAGACCAGAGAUGGUGAGCUGUCAUGGCUUUCUUACGGACCAAAGAGAGAACUAAAGAAAGAUUUUCUCUCCUCUUGCUGGAUUUGGAGGAAUAUUAUUUUGAACAGCACACAGCUUACCAUGUGACGACCGCUUCAAAAAAUAACAGGAAAGUCCGAGGCUCGUUCAAAGUCUGCUCCAGAUCCAUCAUAUUUGAUCCAGAGGAUUUUGCAGAGCCAAUUUUAAAGAUUCCUCUUCGAGACUGUAAGAAGAUCGAGUUUGUGGAGAGAGAGAGCAAUCCUUUCAAUGAGCCGAGGCCGUCUGCCAUCAAUAUUUCAUGUGUGCAGGUUAUUUACAUCAAAGAAAGCAACGUCAUAGCACCUUACAGGAAUGAAAGGGGACCACAGAAAGUGACUUUUCAACUGGAAGGUUGGAGCAAAACAGAAGAUGUCGUCCAAACGUUACUUCAGCUCCACAGAGCGUCCUGUCUGGAGAAGCUUGGAGACCAGACUGCCAUGAUUGCAGCCAAUUUACAAUCACGACUGGCGAGGUCGUCUUUUGACAAAAACUGCUUUGAGAGUGUGUGUGAGAAGCCUCACAUGGAGUGUGCGGUGGAGAUGGUCCUGCCUCUGGUGUCCAACCCGGGACACGUCUGCAUAACGGAUGAAAGCCUGUACUUCCAGCCGCUCAAUGGAUAUCCGGAUCAGGUGAUUCAAAUCAAACUUCACAGAGUGAGGAGAAUCUACAAAAGACGGCAUGGACUCAGACCUCUGGGUCUGGAGGUGUUCUGUACUGAGAAUGAUUUCUGCUCUGACAUCUACCUGAAGUUCUACAACACGGCUGACAGAGAUGAAAUCUACUACUACAUCGCUACUUUCCUGGAGAACCACGUGACGGAGCACACAGCAGAGAGCUACAUGCUGCAGUGGCAGCGCGGCCAUCUGAGCAACUACCAGUAUCUGCUCCACCUCAACAACCUGGCUGACCGCAGCUGCAACGACCUCUCCCAGUAUCCGGUUUUCCCCUGGGUCCUCGCUGACUACACCAGCGCUCAGCUAGAUAUGACUAAUGCUGCCACAUUCAGGGACCUGAGCAAACCUGUGGGAGCCUUGAACAAAGAGCGACUAGACCGACUGCUGGCUCGCUACAGAGGCAUGCCUGAACCUCGCUUCAUGUACGGCAGCCACUACUCCUCUCCAGGCUACGUCCUCUUCUACCUGGUCAGAGUCGCUCCAGAGCACAUGCUGUGUCUCCAGAACGGCCGCUACGACCACGCAGACCGUAUGUUUAAUAGCUUAGGUGACACAUGGAAAAACUGCUUAGAGGGAGCAACUGACUUCAAAGAGUUAAUUCCAGAGUUUUAUGGGAGCGACUGCAGCUUCCUGGAGAACAAACAGAACCUGGGUUUGGGCCGACGGCAGAACGGAAGUUUAGUCGGAGACGUUGUUCUCCCACCGUGGGCCUCAGAUGCCAGUGAAUUUCUUCAGAAGCACAAGACCGCGCUGGAGAGUCAGUAUGUGUCGGAGCACCUCCAUGAGUGGAUCGACCUGGUGUUUGGCUUCAAACAGAGAGGCGGAGAAGCCGUCGCAGCUCAUAACGUGUUUCACCCACUGACCUAUGAGGGAGGCAUCGACUGUGACAGCAUCGAGGACCCUGACCAGAGGAUCGCCAUGCUGACUCAGAUCCUGGAGUUCGGCCAGACGCCCAAACAGCUGUUCACCACGCCGCACCCUCAGAGGAUCACGCCACGGUUCCACAACAUCACCAGGAGCUCCAGCAGCAGCUCUCCAAUCAGUGAGCUGUCUCCAGCCUCUCAGGGUGAGGACUCGUCCUUCGAGGACCUGACUGAGGAGAGCCGGAAGUUGGCCUGGGCAAACAUGGGAAAUAUGAAACCCAUUUCCAGCCACAAGAUCCAUAAAGAGGCUGUGACGGGCAUCGCUGUGACUCGAGACGGAGCAGCUAUUUUCUCCACAUCCCAAGACUCAACACUUAAAAUGUUUUCCAAAGAGCUGAAGGACUUCCAGAGGAGCAUGUCCUUCUCUAACAUGGCGUUAUCAUCAUGUUUGAUGCUGGCAGAUGGGAAAACGGUGGUGUGUUCUUCCUGGGACAAUAAUGUUUAUUUCUACUCCGUCCCAUACGGCCGGCGGCAGGACACUCUGAUGGGCCACGAUGAUGCCGUCAGCGAGAUGUGUUGGUUUGAUGACCAGUUGUACACAGCGUCCUGGGAUUCCACUGUCAAGGUGUGGCAGUGUGUUCCUGACGGCUCCUCCAAGAGAUCACAGUUUGAGUUACUGGCUGAGUUGGAACAUGAAGCUGGGGUGAACACCAUAGGUCUGAAUCCAGCAGGGACGCUGUUAGUGUCCGGCUGUAAAGACGGGACGGUCACCAUCUGGGACACCAGUAGCUACGCAACACUGCAGCAGAUCCACUGCCACACUGGAACCAUCCACCACAUGGCCUUUAGUCCUGACAGCAGACACGUCCUCAGCGUUGGAACAGACUCCUGUAUGAAGGUUAUUGACGUCCAGACGGGGAUGGUGAUCUCAUCUGUGAAAGCUGAGGAGGAACAGAGGUGCUUCUGCUGGGAUGGGAGCUCUGUCCUGUGUGGGGGACAUUCUGGGGACCUCCUGCUGUGGGACCUGCUCACCAACACUGUCACCCAAAGGAUCCCUGCACACUCAGGUGCCGUCACAGCCAUGUGGAUGAGUGAGCUGUGCUCCACAGUGAUCACCGGCGGAGAGGACCGGCAGAUCAUCCUCUGGAAGCUGCAGAGUUAAAGGACCGCUGAAGGACUUCCAGUGCAAUAUUCUGAACAAUAACCGGCCAAGUAUCCUGCAGACCACAUGACCCGACAUCUGACUCUGAGCUGACUCCAGGAAGAGCUGGCAGGAGCUGAAAACAAACUAACAGCAGUUAUAAAGUCCUGUUAGUCCCAAGCUGUCUGCAUAUUGAGAGAAAAUGUCCAAAUGCAGUAUUGUGCAUGAGAACAGGAAGCUACAACAGUGUACACGCCUUUUUUUUUUCCAUUUCUGUUUUCAGCUUAUUAGACAUUUGUGGUUUUUUUUUAUUUUAUUUCAUAUUGCUUUUCUUUUUUUUAAAUUAGCGAUCAUGUAUCUAUAGCUUUAUGUGUAUUUUAUUCUGUGACUUUAAGUAUCUGUCAAAAGCUUCAGGCUGCUCAGGUGUUCUCAUUAUGCAAAUGACACUGAUCUCUAAAGAAACCUGUCCCGUG